GUCUCUUUGAGUAUUCCAUCCUCUUCGAUCUCCACGUUUGUAACUCCCCUUGGAGCUGGGGUGAUACCGGACAGAUCAAACUUUCCUAGCUAGAUGCAACCUUGGUCAGGGGUUUUGCAUCCCUCCCACUCAAAACCUCUCUCUAUGUAUUUCGAUCUCUCUGUAUUUCAAUCACUCUCUGUAUUUCGAUCUCCAUCUCUUUGUUGCAUUCCUUUUCCAAGGAUUGUAUCGAGCUAGGAAAGUUUGUUCUCCUUGCUUUCUUCCUUAGAGAUCGAUGAGGUGGAAUACUCAAUGUGACGUCAAGGUAGAUGAUCCCUGGAGCAUUUCAAUCACGUCUAAACCAUCAUGAUCAGUCAGAACCAUGUCAAUGCUCUACACAAACCAAUUGCUGGAGAUAAUAGAAAGCAGCAACAGCCUCGCAUUACCAAUUACAACCCUAGCGGUACCAAAGACAGUACAGGCUACAGCUUAUACCAGCUUCAGCUCCUCAUUACCUAAACAUAAUCAACAGACUACCAGCGUACCAGCGAAAAAUCUCAGAUCCAAUCGCAUGGCUUAAGCAAAUCAUAAAGAGUUGAAAAGAGCAGAAUGAGUGGGGAAGGGAUGAUAAGGAACUGACCACUCAGGAGCAUUCUAAUCACAAUUAGGAAUUCAAAACCCUAAUUCAGACCAACCAGGAGCAUUCUAAUCACAAUUAGGAAUUCAAAACCCUAAUUCAGACCAACCUUGGGCAACUAAACCCUAAAAAAUGCAAGAAACCAGAGAAGAUGGCCGCUGUGGUUAAGAAGAACUCACGAAGUGGAACAGAGGGCAGAGACUCGUGGGGAAAUGGUCGCCGUCGCCGCUGAACCUUGGAGCAGUUACCAGAGGAGUCGUGGGGAAGUGGUCGGCGGCGGAAGAAUCUUCGAGGGCGAGCGAGCGAGUGCGACCGAUCGAGGGCGAUGGCGAGCGAGUGAGGGCGAGGCUUGGGGGGUCGAAGUGCGAUGGCGAGCGAGUGAGAACAGAGGGAGUACAGGGUUGGGGGUCGGGGGAGAAGAGGCUUGGGGAGAAGAGGGUUCGGGGUCGAAGUAAAACAGAGGGUUGGGGGUCGGGUUCAAGUAGAAAAGAGGAAUUUAAAACAGGGUGUUUCCAAUUUGCUGCAUUCCAUCUCACGGUUUUUCUCCCGGGCGGGAUAUAAACCGUGAAACUCCCUGUCCGUUACAAUUUUUUUAAAAACAUUCUAACGGCUUUUUUUCCCGGGCGGGAUAUAACCCGUGAAACCCCCUGGAAGUUACAAAUUUUAAAAAGAAUUCUAACGGCAUAUCUCCCGGCCGUGAGGUUCCAGUUAUGAGGCGUGGUUUUGGGUUUCAACUGUGACCAUCUCACGGGUUUAUCUCACGCCCGUGAGAUUAACAGAUGAGCCGUGAGAAGUUCAGCAUUUCAAUUGCACAAACACGGCUCAUCUCACGGCCGUGAUACUGGCGAGACCAACCCGUGAAACCCCCUGGAAGUCCCCCCCCUUUUUCAAAAAAAUCUAACGGCUCAUCUCACGGCUUAUUGUCCCGGGCGGGAUAUAACCCGUGAAACCCCCUGGAAGUUACAAAUUUUAAAAAGAAUUCUAACGGCAUAUCUCCCGGCCGUGAGGUUCCAGUUAUGAGGCGUGGUUUAGGGUUUCAACUGUGACCAUCUCACGGCCUCUCUCACGGUUACUCUCACGGCCGUGAUAUUUUCAAAAUUUCAAAUCCAAAAAUCACGCAUGCUUUCACGGCCGUGAGAUUUCCGGAAUUGGCCUGCACAGACAUUCAUAAUAUACUGUUUUUGAAAACUACAAGCUUAUGAAAAGAUGAGUCAUAAUGUUCUUUGAAGCUAGACACAAGCAUUACAUAGAUCCAUUCAAUGUCACUAGAUACUAACUUGUACAAAACAAACAUGACAAGAUGAAACAUAAUGUUGUUUGAAGCCGAACACCAGCAUUACAGGUUGUGCUUGGAUCGUUUGGGAAGUAGAACAGAUUCUUGAGUCUCCACAUGAAAGCUGCUUUCACCUGCUCCUAUGGACUCGAAGUUGUAUUCUUGUUGCGUGAAAUGACUAUCACCUGCACCUGCUUCAGCCAUUCUUUUCAGCGGACAAUUUCUGAUUGUAUGUUUAGGACGCCUACAAUACUUGCACAACCGUGUUUUCACUUGAGGUUGCUUCACAUUCCCUUUACUUCGAACUGGAUGGGGGUCCUUAAUAAACUGAGAGGAGUUCACUCCAGCAUCCGUAGUAGCAUUAUUUGUUUUGUUGGUUGUUUCUUCACUUAUUGUCUUCACUCGCAAGGUCAAGUCUUCAAUCAACCCUUUGGCAGUAUGAAAUGCUUCAUCCGAACUCACAGCAUAAUGGCACAUUCUACUACAUUGACCAACCAAGAAUCCAAACCUGUCCAAAUAAACAAGCAAUUUUGUA